GCGUCUCUCUUCCACGUGCCGGGUAGGAGCCUCCUCCGCGGCCGCCAUGAAGCGACCGAAACUGAAGAAAGCUAGUAAGCGCAUGACCUGCCAUAAACGCUUUAAAAUCCAGAAAAAGGUACGAGAGCACAAUAAAAAACUCCGGAAGCAAGCAAAGAAACGGGGACACAAAAAACCCAAGAAAGAUAUAGGAAUUCCUAAUGCAGCACCUUUUAAGGAGGAUAUUCUUCGGGAAGCCGAACAAAGGAAACAAAGGCGUGAAGAACUGAAACAACAGCAAAAGCUUGAUCGACAGAAGGAGCAAGAAAAGAAACGCAGACAAGAAGCUAAUAAGAAGGAUGCCCGUAAAGAAAAACCAUGUGAAAAGGCAUCAACCACUAAGCCCAAAGCAAAUUCAGAACAGCAGAUAGAUAAAAAUUCAAAGAAAUUCAUUUGCAAGGAACUUAAAAAGGUGAUUGAGGCUUCUGAUGUAGUGCUGGAAGUUUUAGAUGCAAGAGAUCCUCUAGGCUGUCGGUGCCCACAGGUGGAACAAUUUGUUUGUCAGUCAGAUGGAGGCAAACCAUUGCUGCUGGUUUUAAACAAAAUUGAUCUGAUACCAAAGGAGAACUUAGAGAAAUGGUUGCAUUAUUUAAAUCAAGAACUUCCAACUAUUGCGUUUAAAUCUGCAAUGCAGAUAAAAGACAAAAGUGUGCAGGUAAAAAAGGUCAGUAAAAGAGGUGCUGCAUAUGUUGAUCUGUCAAGAGCCAGCCUGUGCUUUGGGGGUGACUGUCUGCUAAAACUUCUUCAGGAGUAUAGUGUGGUGAAAGAAAAAGUUAUACAGGUUGGUGUAGUAGGUUUUCCCAAUGUGGGGAAAAGCAGCGUUGUCAAUAGUAUGAAAGAGAUGCGUGCCUGCCACGUGGGACCGGUGAGAGGCCUUACAAGGUGCAUGCAGAUAGUUCACAUUGAUAAACAGAUCAAGAUGUUGGAUAGUCCUAGUAUUAUUGUAGCACCUUCCAGCUCUCCUCUUACACUGGCACUGAGAAGUACAACAACAGAUGUUGAUUCUGGAAACGUACUUGAUUCAGCAGCUGCAAUUCUGAAACCCUGCAGCAAGCAGCAGAUCAUGAUGCGUUACAAUAUUUCAGAUUACAGAAAUCCUUUGGAGUUUUUUACACUGCUAGCUCAGAAGAGAGUAAUGCUGAAAAAAGGAGGUGUUCUGAACACUGAAGGUGCAGCUAAAGUAUUGCUGAGUGACUGGACAGGUGCCAAAGUGAGUUAUUAUUCACGACCUCCUGCAUCAUGGAUCCCAUCAUCACAUCUUUCCACUGAAGCUUUGGCAGCAGUGAAACAAGCUUUUAAUUUUGAGGAUCUGGAAGAAGAUAACAAAAGCACAUUGAAAGCUAGCAAAUACCCAAAUCAGACAAGUAGCAUUGCGUUUCAAUCUCCUGGCUUCACUGAUGGUAUUAUAGAUGAUACUGAACUACCAGAGGAGGUACUGGAAAAAAAGAGCAUGGAAGUGAGUGAAGAUGCAGAGGAAUUAUCUGAUGAGGAGGAUGAAGUGGAAAGUGAAGAGGAAAGCAACACAAUGGCAAACAGCAAAACUGUCUCUGAAGAGCUGGCAGCAAAGAAUGCAGAAUGGGGAAAGUUGCCUACAGGUAAACAGCUCAACACAAAGGCUAGUGACCUGGAUGAUGCCUAUGACUUUAAUACAGAUUACAUAUAAGAAGACCAAGGGUUUUUGAUUACUCCAAUUUUCUGGAAUCA